CGAUAGCGAGCCUUCUACGGAGCAACAAACAGAUAGCGCAUCAUCUGUGAAGCCAGAGCACUCGAACUCCAGUGACAAGGCGCUUAAUGACAUCAGCGAAGAUGCCAUACAGCGCAGUCAAAGGACAGGAAGCCUCGACAGUUUAGCAGAACUAAAUUCCCACCAGCCGCAUUUGACAGGCCAUCCAGGAGCCAUGGAAAGGGAUCAGCUUGAUAGCCCUACGUCGCUAGAUCUCAAUGGCUACGGGAAUGUUCAAAACCCGUAUGAUAGGCAAGGAAUGGGACAUUUAAUGGGUGGAUCUACGCACAACGCAUACGGGACUAACCAGGGCAAUCUCUCUUCAAACUAUCCAGAGAUUCCCUACGCACUUCAGGCUCAGAGUCCUACCAACUACUCGGCGAAUGCUCAGCCAACGUUCCGAAUAGGUACCAGUCCUCUUAGCGCAUAUCCAAUUGGUGGGGAGCCCACCUCUCCGGGAGGAUGGAUGUCAAUGUCUUCACCUCCCCCACAGUUUCAAUCUCAUAUUCCCCAAAAUAAUUACCAUCACCAACUAAGAUAUCCGGUUCUCAAUCCGCUGAUACCCCAUCUUGGGAACAUCAUUCCUGUUUCCCUCGCUUGCGAUUUGAUCGAUUUAUACUUCGCGAGCUCAUCUUCCGCUCACGCACAUCCUAUGUCACCUUACGUUCUUGGCUUCGUUUUUCGAAAACGAUCGUUCCUACAUCCGAGUAAACCUCGACAGUGCCAGCCGGCAUUAUUAGCAAGUAUGCUUUGGGUGGCCGCACAGACGAGUGACGCUCCGUUCUUGACUGGUGUCCCAUCCGCAAGGGGCAAGAUUUGCCAAAAGCUACUCGAACUUACUGUCAGCUUGCUCAAGCCAUUAAUACACACACCAUCCGGGGAAGCUUCUCCAGUUUCUAGUCCGGUCAUAGACGGCGUUGCCUUGGGGGGUUUAGGAGUUGCCCUUCCAGGAUCUAUGAGCAUAGAAAACUUAACGGGGGAAUCCGGAGCUUUUGGUGCCGCGGGGACGCUCGACGACGUCGUCACUUAUAUUCACCUAGCUACAGUAGUUUCCGCAAGCGAAUACAAGGGCGCCAGCCUUCGAUGGUGGAAUGCCGCAUGGUCUCUUGCAAGAGAAUUAAAACUUGGCCGAGAAUUACCACCAAGCGUGUCUUCCAUGGCCCAAAGUACUAACAGCAACGACGUCGAUGCUGACGGGGAAACCGAAGAUGGACUAUGUAAUAACGUUGCCCCUGGGACCGUCGGAGAGGAGGAACGAGAAGAGCGACGACGCAUCUGGUGGCUUACAUACAUCGUGGACCGUCAUCUAGCAUUGUGCUACAAUCGACCACUGUUCCUCCUUGACAUCGAAUGCGAGGGUCUUCUCCAACCUAUGGAUGAUACCGAAUGGCAGAACGGGAAUUUCAAUUCUCAUACAACUGACCCAGCCUUAUCAGAGCAAUCGGGGACUGACGGUCACCGGGUACGUGGACCGCAUUUCGAGUGCACUGGCCAUAGCAUCUUCGGGUACUUCUUACCUUUGAUGACGAUCUUGGGCGAAAUUGUCGAUCUUCACCACGCACGUAACCACCCUCGAUUCGGUAUUGGGUUCCGCUCGGCUAGGGAAUGGGACGACCAGCAGGCCGAGAUUGUGCGUCAUCUUGAAGCAUAUGAACAGAGUCUAAAGAAGUUUGAGCAAAGGCAUUUCAAUUCUUCUGAGGAGAAAAAUGAGCAGUCUGCAACUUUAGAAAUGCCCUCAGAGCUAGAUCAGAUCGGCUCGCCAUCAGGGGGAUCUGUACACACAAGUUCUUCGCGGAUGACUGAAUCUGACAUCCAAACCCGCAUUGUCAUGUCAUAUGGCACACACGUCAUGCAUGUACUGCACAUUCUCCUCACCGGAAAAUGGGACCCCAUCAACCUGCUUGACGACAACGACUUAUGGAUUUCAUCACAAGGUUUCAUUACAGCCACAGGACACGCCGUGUCUGCCGCAGAGGCUAUUAGCAACAUUCUUGAGUUCGACCCCGGCCUUGAGUUCAUGCCAUUCUUUUUUGGGAUCUAUCUUUUACAAGGCUCAUUCCUAUUACUACUUAUUGCCGACAAAUUACAACUUGAAGCUUCGGCUAGCGUCGUCCGCGCCUGUGAGACUAUCAUUCGCGCGCAUGAAGCAUGCGUCGUGACUCUCAACACUGAGUAUCAGGUAAGUCAAUAUACACUCGCCACAUCUUUACAAAAUAUCGCUAACGUUCUACUUAGCGCAAUUUCAGCAAGGUGAUGCGUAGUGCUCUAGCUCAAGUUCGCGGCCGCGUGCCCGAAGACCUCGGUGAGCAACAUCAACGCCGCCGGGAGCUUCUUGCAUUGUACCGAUGGACUGGAGAUGGCACGGGUUUAGCCUUAUGAACUUAACUACCAUUGCGUGUUUUCCUCGUUCUAUUGUAAAUAUUGGGGUGGCGUUGGGCGUUUACUUUUUCCAAGGGCGUCACAAAACGGAUUGGAUCGAGCGGCUUGAUUUCAACCAAUGCUUGACCAAAAUGAUUCCCCGGAUGGCAAUAAAUGAAUCAGGUUUGGGAAAAAGGCCAACGUGUGUAAAUGGGUACUUGUUUGAAUAGUUGAGGAUGUUUGGGGACGAGCGAGGCGUUGUUUUAGGAGAAUCCGGUACAUAUACCAGUAAGAAACAUGUGGUAUUAUAUUAGUUUUCCCUCUGGUCUAUGCUCCUUUCCAACCUAUCCUCAGGAGCUCUAGGCGCUGUUUUACCUACUAUAUAGGAACACUUGGGAGCCUGGAGUCCAAGGAGCUCCGCGUACACGUGCUGGACUAGGUAGUUAGAAAGAUAUCUGGCUCCGUUUCGCACCCCCUUUUCACUAGCUCAUGUCCGCUUGGGAAUUAAGGAAUCAUAAUUAUUUGAGAUUCAGGUGUCAUUAAUGCAUAUUAUGGUUCUGACAUGUCUGCUACAUAAACAACGGGUAUGCAG